AUGUCUUACAUGGAUUUGGUUUUCCCGAUCAUUUCAGCUUGCAUUCUGCUGAUAUUUAUUUUCCUGGUCUACGAGAUCUGUACCUGCCUGAUUUGUAAAAAGGAAGACGAGGACGAGGCAGUAGAGGCCACAAUCUUAACUGACCGACCCCCCGAAUCUUCAUCAUCGUCAUGGAGAUCCCUACGACGGUCAAGAUCGAGGAGUGGGCAAGACACGUGCGUCGGGUCCCAGACUGGCCCUACACCUGAAAGAACACGGAUAGUUAUGCCUAUGCUCGCUCGGAACUCCAUGGGACAAAUUGUGCUGCUUCAUCAGGUCGACGGCGCGGAGAACUAUCGGAUUCUGGAUGAAUACUAUGCGGCCAAUGGGAACGCUAUCUACCGGACUGUACCCUAUCAAAACCAACACCAACUGCUAGCCACCCACCAGCCGUUAUAUACUUGGGACAGUCAAGCGGGGCUGGCAUCAUCUAAUCACAGGACACAUCCACAGACGCCAUCAGCACCUCCCCCACCGUAUGCUGAGUAA